GGAAAAUCAAGUUACAUGGUUUUGAUCUUUUCUGCAGCACUGGGAUCUGGAGUUCAAAGAGUACUGGCAGAACCAGAAAAUCAGCAGCAGUUAGUUAAAAGCUGGUCCAUUGAUGACUUUGAUAUUGGACGUCCUCUUGGAAAAGGCAAAUUUGGAAAUGUGUACAUGGCUCGUGAACGGGAAACUAAGUUUAUCCUGGCGCUGAAAGUGCUUUUCAAGUCUCACCUUGAGAAAGAAAACGUCGAGCAUCAACUCCGAAGAGAGAUUGAAAUUCAGUCUCAUCUCAAGCAUCCAAACAUAUUAAGACUUUACAACUAUUUUUUCGAUCGAACAAGAAUUUAUCUAAUGUUAGAAUUCGCUCCUCGGGGAGAGUUGUACAAAGAGCUGCAGAAACGAGGCUGCUUUAGUGAACAACAGAGUGCCACUUACAUGUUGGAACUGGCAGAUGCAUUGCUUUACUGUCAUUUAAAGAAGGUGAUUCACAGAGACAUCAAACCAGAGAAUCUACUGCUUGGUCUGCGUGGGGAGUUGAAAAUAGCUGACUUUGGCUGGUCUGUGCAUGCUCCUUCAUCCAGAAGAAAGACUUUAUGCGGCACUUUGGAUUACCUGCCUCCAGAGAUGGUGGAAGGGCGUUUGCAUGAUGAAAAAGUGGACUUGUGGUGCCUGGGCAUUCUGUGCUAUGAAUUCCUGGUAGGACACCCUCCGUUUGAAUCAUCAUCUCACCAAGAGACCUACAGGAAGAUCUGUAAGGUUGAAAUCCAUUUUCCAUCCAGCAUGUCAGAUGGUGCUAAGAGUCUGAUCAGCCAGUUGCUUCGACAUAAUCCAGUCCUGAGACUUCCCCUCAAGGGAGUGAUGGAACAUCCAUGGGUGAAAGCCAAUGCCCGGAGGCUCCUUCCACCAGAAUGUACAGCCAGUGGUGAGAAUGAAGGUCCUCACUAACCCUGGGGAUUGAUAAUGUGUAUGCAAGCCAUGUAAUUAGCAAUUCUCAUGUGUAAAUAUACAACUGUUAUAUACUCCAUAUCUUUUCUCUACCCUUGAUCCUCCCUUGGUUUGGUUUCAGCUGUUUGUCUUCUAAAGUUGAAGCUGACCUUUUGAGAAUGUAGUAUCCGUCUUCACAGAAAAGCUUCAGGCACUUAGUGGAACACAGAUCUUGAAUAUUGCUGAAAAGAGACCUGUUGCUGAAGAUUUUAUCUUAUGCUUGUAAGACAAAUUUCAAACUCUCAAUUUAUAGUACAUGGGAAAAGUGUGGCAAUUGGUGACAAAUUUCUUGUCAGCAACAUUCAAAUAAUUUGAUUUUGGUUUCAAGUUCUUGUUUUAACAUUUUUCUUAACUGUUGAGUGCCUUGAUUUCUUUAUUGUAAAUCAUGUUC